AUGACGGACAUAACCAUGGACGCGACCACCAGCCAAUCUGGCGACGUCGAGGGCAGCCACGUCCAGCGUGACCACGACGACCGCCAUGAGGCCCACAAGAAUUCGGUGCACCAGAGACUCCGAGCCAACAGCUCGAUCAUGCAACUGAAGAAGAUCCUCGUCGCCAACCGAGGAGAAAUCCCCAUCCGCAUUUUCCGUACCGCGCACGAGCUGUCGCUGCACACCGUCGCCGUCUUCAGCUAUGAGGACCGCCUCAGCAUGCACAGGCAGAAGGCCGACGAGGCCUACGUCAUUGGCAAGCGUGGCCAGUAUACGCCUGUCGGAGCUUAUCUCGCCGGCGAUGAGAUUAUCAAGAUUGCCAAGCAGCACGAUGUCAACAUGAUCCAUCCGGGCUACGGCUUCCUCUCGGAGAACGCCGAGUUCGCCAGGAAUGUCGAGAAGGCCGGUCUGAUCUUCGUGGGUCCUACGCCGGAGACCAUUGAGGGCCUCGGUGACAAGGUCUCGGCCCGCAGACUUGCCUUGAAAUGCAACGUGCCCGUUGUGCCGGGUACGGAAGGCCCAGUCGGGAAAUUUGAAGAGGUCAAGAGCUUCACUGACGAGUAUGGCUUCCCCAUCAUCAUCAAGGCCGCAUUCGGCGGUGGUGGGCGCGGUAUGCGAGUUGUUCGGAGUCAAGACACCCUCGAGGACUCCUUCAACCGCGCAACCUCUGAGGCCAAGUCAGCCUUCGGCAACGGCACGGUCUUUGUGGAGCGCUUCCUCGACAGGCCAAAGCACAUCGAGGUCCAGCUGCUGGGAGACAACCAUGGAAACGUGGUGCAUCUGUACGAGCGCGACUGCAGUGUCCAGCGUCGUCACCAGAAGGUCGUGGAGCUGGCUCCCGCCAAAGACCUACCUCAAGAGACCCGGGACAACAUCUUGAAUGAUGCUGUCAGGCUGGCGAAAUCGGUCAACUACCGCAAUGCUGGCACUGCUGAGUUCCUCGUGGACCAGCACAACCGGUAUUACUUUAUUGAAAUCAAUCCCAGAAUUCAAGUCGAGCACACGAUCACGGAAGAAAUCACUGGCAUUGACAUAGUGGCUGCGCAGAUCCAGAUCGCUGCGGGUGCAUCUCUACAACAGCUUGGGUUGACGCAAGACCGAAUCUCAACCCGCGGCUUCGCCAUCCAGUGCCGUAUCACCACUGAAGAUCCCGCAAAGGGUUUCCAGCCAGAUACUGGAAAGAUCGAAGUUUACCGCUCCGCUGGUGGUAACGGAGUACGUCUCGACGGUGGCAACGGCUUCGCGGGAGCCCUCAUCACGCCCCACUACGACUCGAUGUUGGUCAAGUGCACCUGCCACGGCUCUACAUACGAGAUUGUGCGGAGAAAGAUGCUUCGUGCGCUGAUUGAAUUCCGUAUCCGUGGCGUGAAGACCAACAUUCCGUUCUUGGCAUCCCUCCUUACACAUCCUACCUUUAUCGAGGGCACCUGCUGGACGACCUUCAUCGACGACACACCGGAGCUCUUCGCCCUUAUUGGCAGCCAGAACCGUGCGCAGAAGCUGCUCGCAUACCUAGGAGACUUGGCGGUCAAUGGCAGCCAGAUCAAGGGCCAGAUUGGCGAACCGAAGUUCAAAGGCGACAUUAUCAUGCCUACGCUCACCGAUUCCAAGGGCAAGGCCGUCGAUUGCUCCGAGCCGUGCAAAGAGGGAUGGAGGAGCAUUAUAGUCAACGAAGGCCCCGAAGCAUUCAAGAAGGCCGUGCGAGCAAACAAGGGCUGUCUUAUCAUGGACACCACAUGGCGCGAUGCCCAUCAGUCACUACUUGCAACAAGGGUGCGGACCGUCGACAUGCUCAACAUCGCUAAGGAGACCAGCCAUGCGUUCUCCAACGCAUGGGCGCUGGAAUGCUGGGGUGGAGCUACCUUCGACGUAGCUAUGCGUUUCCUGUACGAGGAUCCGUGGGAUAGGCUGAGGAAGAUGAGGAAAGCCGUCCCGAACAUCCCCUUCCAGAUGCUGCUCCGAGGCGCGAACGGUGUCGCCUACUCUUCACUGCCAGACAACGCCAUCUACCACUUCUGCGAGCAGGCGAAGAGGAACGGUGUCGAUAUCUUCCGUGUGUUCGAUGCCCUCAACGACGCUGACCAACUGGAGGUGGGCAUCAAGGCCGUGCUCAAAGCUGGGGGUGUCGCUGAAGGCACCAUGUGCUAUAGCGGCGAUAUGCUGAACCCCAACAAGAAGUACAACUUUGACUACUACAUGGGCCUAGCGGACAAGAUUGUCAAUAUGGGCGCGCACGUCCUCGGUAUCAAGGAUAUGGCUGGUGUGCUCAAGCCGAGGGCGGCUACGAUGCUCGUGGGAGCCCUGAGGGAGAAAUACCCUGAUAUGCCGAUCCACGUGCAUACCCACGAUUCUGCCGGUACUGGUGUCGCUUCGAUGGUUGCCUGCGCACACGCCGGCGCUGAUGCGGUCGACGCCGCUAUGGACAGCUUGUCCGGCAUGACAUCUCAACCCAGCGUCGGCGCUCUCCUCGCCUCGCUCGAAGGCACCGAGUUCGAUCCAGGCCUCGACGGGCACGUUGUCAGGCAUCUCGACAGCUACUGGGCCCAGCUCCGCCUGCUCUACUCACCUUUCGAAGCCGGCCUCACCGGACCGGACCCCGAGGUCUACGAACACGAGAUUCCCGGCGGCCAACUCACCAACCUUAUCUUCCAAGCCUCGCAGCAGGGUCUCGGCGAGCGGUGGGCUCAAACCAAGAAGGCCUACGAGGAGGCCAACGACAUCCUCGGCGACAUCGUCAAAGUCACGCCCACCUCCAAGGUGGUCGGCGACCUUGCCCAAUUCAUGGUUUCAAACGACCUCACGCACCAAGACGUGCUCGACAAAGCCGAACAGCUCGACUUCCCCAGCUCCGUGCUCGAGUUCUUCGAAGGCCUCAUGGGCCAGCCCUACGGCGGCUUCCCCGAGCCGCUCCGCUCACAGGCCCUGCGCGGCCGCCGCAAGAUGGACAAGCGACCGGGCCUGUACCUCGAGCCGAUGGACCUGCAGAAGAUCAAGACGGAGCUCAAGGAGAAAUUCGGCAGCGCGACCGAGUGCGACGUCGCCUCGUACGCCAUGUAUCCCAAGGUGUUCGAGGAUUACAAGAAGUGGACGCAGAAGUACGGCGACCUGUCGGUUCUGCCGACGCGCUACUUCCUGGCCCGCCCGGAGAUCGGCGAGGAGUUCCAUGUUGAGCUUGAGAAGGGCAAGGUGCUGAUUCUGAAGCUGCUGGCUAUUGGGCCGCUGUCCGAGCAGACGGGCCAGCGCGAGGUCUUCUAUGAGAUGAACGGUGAGGUCCGCCAGGUCUCGGUCGAUGAUCUGCAUGCGGCUGUCGAGAACAAGUCGAGGCCGAAGGCGGAUACUGGUGAUUCGAGCCAGGUUGGCUGCCCGAUGGCUGGUGUGGUUGUCGAGGUUAGGGUGCAUGAUGGGUCGGAGGUCAACAAGGGCGAUCCGAUUGCGGUCCUGAGUGCUAUGAAGAUGGAAAUGGUCAUCAGCGCGCCGCACUCUGGCAAGAUUGGCUCCCUGGGUGUCAAGGAGGGCGACUCGGUGGACGCGCAGGAUUUGGUGUGCAAGAUCGUCAAGUGA